ACAUGCGAGUCUUUACAGACUGAAAAUGAUAUGACGUCAAGGGAGAGAUGUCAGGCUUUGCUAUGGGAAUACCAAGCGUCUGCGACCGUGGACAGCGAUGACACCACCAAGAGGAAGACAGUGCAAGGGGAGAAGAAACAUCAUGACACUCUGAUGGGAUCAAUCUCAGUGGCUGCUUCUUUCAAUGGCUUUCUCAAACAAACAACAAAACCGCAAGAGCGAAAUCGUUUUGUAAAGACUCAAAAUAAUGAAGAAUCGUUCUGCAACCUCGAUGGCGCAAAUUCUGGGCAAGAAAGAAACAAAACAAGUCCUAAACCAGAAGAAAUGAAAGCGGAGAAAACUAAGGUCUUUGAAAACUCAAAAGCCACUUUCAGUAACUCAUUGAACAGCGAAAAGGAUCGACUUGCAUCAAAUACAUUAAAGGACAGGUCAUCAUAUACUAGUAAUGACAUCAGUAAUCAGGAUCCCACGAGAGACCGAAAACGGGACCAUUCCUUGACAGAAGACGAAAAACAACAAGUCUUGUCUCUUUUAACAUCAACAAAGCUAAACAAAGGCCCAUUUUAUGCCGGAGAAAAUGAUAGAAGAAGUAAGAAACUCAGCAAUUCUGUUGAGGAUCAGCUCACCAAGCCACCUUCCCCUUCGUCAUUUGCUUAUUCACACUACGGGCAAACUGAGAGUCAGAUGAUGUUCAACCCUAUCAUACCCGCUGGUCGUUCCGCUUCUCCAAGCGUACACUCCGAUGUAGGUGAAAAUCAGAUUCCUUCCGUGCUCACUCCGACCUUUGUACCAAUUGCUGUCCCUGUCCCCAGCGUAGCUCCUGUACCAAUGCCACCUUACUGGUACAUGCCUCAGGGAGGGAUGAUGUCCUAUCCUCACCCAGCGAUGUCCCCGGUGCCUAUUGUUCCAGUUGACCCUUCAGAAACCUCCAAUCAGUCAGUGGUGUUAACAGAUAGUGACGUCAGCAACUUAUCUGACACGGACCCUCGACCAAAAAGCAAAAACUGCGCCAUACAAGAGUCUGAUAAAUCCGAACGUUUAAAGGAAGAAACACGAAGGAAUAACAAGGAAUCUAAACAAAACAUACAAGAAAACAAAGGAUCCAAACUUCCUCGACCGAUUUGGCAGAGGCCUGUUCCAAAGAACAGGACAGCAUCAGAGGAAUCAGAAUCGAAUGUCAAAGUUGAUCGACGAAGGGUACCGUUUAAUGAUGGAUUCAACAAGGGUAGCGAGGAGGAGAAACAAAUUCGUACAAGAACUCCUUCUCCAUCCCUUGGGAGACGAGCGGUUCCCCAGGAAGUCAAUCCUCCUCGCUCUCAAACGCCUCCGGUGUAUUGGACAAGAGAUGGAGUGGACAUGUCACCCCGUAAUAAACUUCGAGCAAGGGCAUCAACAGGCUCUUUACCAAACCGUCCCCCAAGACCAUCUAGCUCACCGAAUGGACGUAGAAGGUCAAGUUCUAUUACUCUAGGUUCAAUAACAAACAGUCCUGUCCAAGGACGUAAGAAUCAAGGAAGCAGGCCAUCUAGUCCCGCCGGAUCGCGAUCCAAUAGUCCCGUUUCUAUACUCGUUUCAAAAUUUGAGCAAUUGUCUCAGGAGUCUGCAGAUAGCUUCCCGCGUGUUCGCUCAGAUUCCGUGACGUCCAUGAUUUCAAGGUUUGGUUCUUCGCCCUUAGUGCCUGAGGAUCGUCUUGCCAAAGGGCAGUUUAAGCCAAACAUUCUUGCAACACCUAGCCAGCCAACCUCGAAGACUGGUCCUUUUCGUCCGUCGUCAGUUCGUAACAAAGUUCACUCUGCUUCAGAUCUUGAAACGUCAGUGAUGCGACCUGUUAAUUCUAUUUUAUCACAAGAAAGGGGCAGGGUAAGCGGGACCUCAAUCGACGAGUCAUCAACCUUUCAUCCUGGCGACCCACGUGAAGUACAGUGUAGUGAGUCAGACCCAGGCUCAACUGACAGCCGAGAACGUCGUAUUUCAACAUCUCAAUGUGCACUCCACGAAGAGAGAGAACCAACUUCGGAAAAAUGUCAUGAUUCAAGAACAAGGCUUUUGGAAAACAUUAGAAAAUGGGCGUCUCCGGAGAAUAUCAUAAGAGACUGUAGUUCAUCUGGGGCUCUUGAAAACAACACUCAGGAACGUUUAGUAUCUGGUCUCUCUCUAUUUGGCGAUUAUUGUACUAAAAGAGAUCAAGGUAAUCGAAAAAGUAAUCCUAAGGCUCGGCUUCAGAGGAGUUCCUCUGGGAAAUCGAAGUUAUCCACUUAUUCUGGGGGAUCGCCAUCCAGCAAUGAUCUCAGGAAUGACUAUAUUAUCAAAUCAAGCAACACAUCGGAUAAUUUGUCUAAACCCUGGAAGGGAAAAGGCAGUUCUUCAAACGGGAUUUCCAGAAAAUCGUCUCUAGAUUCAGAGCCUGUACGCGAGAAAGGUUCCCCACGAUUAACACCGAGGGAUCUUUGUUCAUCACCAGAAAGAGACCCUACUAUCCCAUUUUGCGAUGUCAGGAGUCCUAACGAUUUCCUCUGGUCUCCAAACUCUGACACUCAUAAAUUUGAGAUCCCUGUAGAUUUGGCAAUUUUGGACGCCACUACACCUAUCAUUUCCAGUUCUGUGGGUGGACUUGAUUGGACAUAUGGUGGAGUGGAUGGAAAUGUAAUUUCUCCCCCUUUUCCUCUUAGUCCAGGAUCAUUGAAGGAUUUCAAGCCAUCAAAUGAUUUCACAAGUGUUACAUUCAAAUGUGGAGAGAUGGAACCUGAGAGAGACACAAACUGUAUUAUUAACAAACCAUCUCGUGACACUACAGAAUAUGUCAGUUCUGACUGUGUCUCUAACAGGAGAGGCUCAACAGGCAAUUAUGCGAGAAGAUUCGAAAGAAAUAUUCUUCGCAGUACAGGUGAUUUGGAGACCGAAGUAUUUGCCUCUAAUUCGACCUCGGUUCAAAAGAGUUGUUAUCCAACGGAAAAUCCUAGCUCUAAAACGGAGAUCAACGAUAAUCCACGUCCUAAACCCAAAACUUCACCCUUUCCUUCGAAACCAGAAAGCUCGUCGACUAUCGCACAUGUAAAUGGGAAUCCUCAAACUCCAAGAACGAGAUCUAGAAUCGAUCAGGUUGCGCGAUCGAGACAUCCAUCCGGUGACUGUCCCCUUGGAAAAGAUAUUGCCACUGUAUCAAAGAAUCCUUCCUCACCAGUGACUCUUAGGAAAAUCAUGUCAAAUCCUCUAUCUCAAGACGCAGGUACAUCGCAACGUAGGAUUUCAACGUCCAAACGAAAUUCAUUGCCCACUUCGCAACCAAUUAACCUUCCAUCUAGCCGCGAUCGUUCGAGCCCGGUUGAAACCCGCCCAAUCACGAAGAGCUCAUCGCAUACUAAUUUAUCCCAAAAACAGCAAAAGUUCUUUAAAAGUCCUUCGCAAAAUAAUCUAUCAGUGUGUCAAUCUUCGAGAGAUUUGUCAAGGAUUUCCCCUAAAGAAGGAAACCUUGGUAAAAGCAGUCCUUAUUCCAAACCCAUACCAUCAAAUACCCCUUGCCUAAAUGGAGAAGAUAGCAAGAGCAGAGGUUCUUCAACAACUGCUAAACAAGGGUAUCCCAGCCCAUCAAAAGAGAGACAUGAUGCAAAAGGGCGGUCUUCGAACCCCCCCGUCAAAGCCGGUAGAACCAUUAGUUCCACUUCCACCUCUACUGAUCCGUCAGAAUCAAACCCAGUUAGGUACCCAUAUACGAGAAGAGGGAGCAUGCCUGCAGGGGGUUGUUCUACCAUCAAACCUUCACCAAAAGCGGCCAGCAAUCCUACUUCUCCACUCCAUACAAAGCCACCGAAAGCGAAAAUUGAGUUCUUUGGUGCUACAGGAGAAGACAACACACGCAGCGCGAUACAUCCUCGAGAUUCAAACAGAAAACACGAAAAUUUGACAACAACUCACCAAAACCCAAGGCCAAAAAGUCAGAUUGAUUGUGAAAGCAGUGUUGAUUCCUCGAAAGCUCCAUCUCAGUGUGCAAAAUCAUCCUCCAAAUCUGGAUUCUCUUCCCGAGAGCUCGCCUCGGAACAAAGCUCUAAUUCAAUGGGUAAAACUGAAGAAUCGGAAGUAUUUUAUAUACCUCGCUCUCAUGAAACUCUCCUUAAAAGUGACAUAACAUCGAGUAAUAGCAGUAAGCGAUUUCCAACUAACUCUUCAUCCGACAGUGGAUUAAACUUGUCUGAUACCGACGAGUCACGAGGAAGUAUCGGAAAAGGCAAAAAAAGUCAUUGUGCGAGGUCACCUCCUUUGUCCCCAACAACGCUCUCCCCUUCCCAUUCGCUUUCUCCGACAUCUGCAAAGUUUCCAAUAGGACACAAAUUUUUUUAUGAUCCAAAAGAUCACAAACAUCCACCUUCAAAAAAGGGGCCGCUGAAUGUUUCACAAAACGACCCAACGACGUUGGCUUUUUUAUCUAAUAGAUCUAAUAGUGUUCAACAGGAAAAUUCCUCUAAUCCCAUUAAGGCUUCCACAGGAAAGUCCAAGGAAUCUUCGAACAAAACAACGCAAAGUGAUAGUGAUAACUUCAAGCAUCCUAAAGUUGACAUGUCAAAAAUAACGGAUAAAAGUUCUCCAAACUCUGAUGAGAAAGCUAACGAUGUUCCUGAAAAACUAAAGGAAGGAUGUGCUGCUUCGAAACUAGCAACAAAGGGUAAAAUUGGGAGGUCCAACUCAAAAGAGUUUGUGGCGGCGUCCACACCACCUCCAGACAUUUUGGGAAGACCUGCUAGUAAAAGCCCUCCAUCUUCGUCAAGAGUUGAUUCUAAAGAGCUUCUAGGUCAACUGGUUAAAAAAGUACUAAACUCUGCUGCUGCUAAGCAAGGGUCUUCUCCAAAGACAUCAUUUGCUGAAUCAAAGAAUUCAGUAGCAAAAGCAAGUGCCAAGGGAAAGACAGUUGCUUUGACUAAUGAGAUAACAGAGGCUAAACAAGAAGAGAAAAUUAGUUGUCAAGGGAAAAAUCUAACGACAAAUAGCUCUACGCAUAAAUCAUGGCUGUUCGAUGCUGAAAAAGCUUCAAAGAUAAAGGAGAUAGGACUUUUGAGUGAAACUUCCCUAACACGAAAUCGACACGAAAUCACACCUGAAGGAACACUGCGAUCACAACCUGGUACCUUUAGUGAUACACCGAUUUCCUCCAAUAACGCUUCAAUAACUGAGGAUUCUUCGCGCGCGGAAAAAUCGUCGCCAGGGGCAAAGGGCGUGCUCUCUACAAUCAUCGACAUGAUACAUGACGAAUUUGCGUUUGAUGGCUACUUGGACGAUGGAGUAGAAGACGUCAAUAUGGCUGAGUACGUUUUAUCUUUGGCUGGAAUGAGCGAGGAAAACUUUAAAGAGGCCAUAACGGAUCAGUACAGUGACUUGUACUGGGAUGAAGAUCUUUUGCACGAGAUGUAUGAGGCCGUCACUGAGGGGCAACGGACUAGAAGGUCCACUUUGCAGUUUUCAGAGAGUACUGUCAGUGAUAUUAGCCCUCCUGAGUCUAUCGGUCUGUCACGUGAAGAAUCUUACCUCAGUUUAGAACCUUUGUAUUUCAACUCCAUCUCCAGAAGCAGCAGUGAGAGGAGCGGGACUGGAGCAAGGGACAUCCUCAUGUCCCCCCUGGGGGAAGCUACCGAAUUUUUACCCAUUAAAGUUAUUGCCCCUGAAAUGCAAGCUGACAUCCAGGAAUUGUUAACCCCAAUUUUUGAGGACUAUUAUAGAGUUAUGGGAGUCAAGCUGGUAUCGAGCGUGGAGGGGCUAGCAGAAAAGUUAGGCACCAAGAUUGUGGAAAUCUCACAGCAGUUGAUGCUGGAACGAAGAGCCAAGAAAAAAAGCAUGAACUCUUACAACAAGAUGGCGGAAGUAGAAAACAAAAAAGAUGUGAAAGACCUUGCUUCUAAACUGGUGAAUGAAAUCGAGGAAUGUGACAAGAAGAUUAUAUACUUGAAGAACGUUCAACGACAGUUGAGGAACGUGUACGCUGAACGCUUUGGAUUGGAUACCUCUCUGUUGUAUUCGUUUGUUGUCAGCUACAACACUUCUUGCGUGACGUUGGUACCGGAGUUGAACAACAACUUUUUAAACUUUUCCCCGAUUUGGAAUCAGAGAGGAAACGAAAGCGGAGAAAUCGUGGACGAAUCUCUCAGUGGACCAUUGCUUCAAUCAGGCACCAAACUGGGUUUAUUCUCUUACCUGUUUGCAAGACAUGCUAUGAGUCAGGCUUAUGUUCGGUAUUUUCUGUACACAUUUCGUUACAUUGCAACUGCACAAGAGCUAUUCAACUUCAUCAAGGAAAAGUGUUCAACGUCACUCAGAACGGAUUCUUCUGGACAAGUUUACAACCAUCAGCUGCAAAUUCGAUACCGUGGCUUGGACUUACUGUCUGAGUGGAUUGACAUCUUUUAUCAGUUUGAUUUCAAAACGAAUCCCAACCUCAUUAAGGAGCUGCUUGCCUUUGUUAAGGACGAGUUAAUCCUCGUGGACAGAAGUGAAAGAGGUCAUUACUUGAUGGAGCUAAUUGCAGAGAAACAAGAAAGAGAUAUGAAUAACAAUUUAUCAUCAGACGAACAUAGUGAUUUCGUGGCAGUACUUCAGCUUGAAGACCCUCAAGGUCUACGCGCUGUGGAUGUUCUGAGAAAGGUGCGUGCAAUUUCCAGACUAUCGUUUUACUCUUGUAUUUACAAUGGAACUGUCAAGGUCAACGCAAAGAAUUGUUACUAACUGCUAAAUAAGAUGCUCUCGGUAAUAACAUCAACGGUUUGAUUGUCGCAUUGCUUUAGAAAACGUUUUCUUUGGACAAUUUCUUUAAUAUAGGAGGCAGUUUCCAAUUGAGCGUCCAAAGCAUUCCUAGCUUACGUUGAUUUUGCUUUGCUUUGCUUUGCUCUUCGAUUUAGUUAGCCAAGCUCAGCCACCUCGCCUCAAGCAUUCAACCAAUCAGAUGCAAAACUGAAAUAAAUCAAGGCUUGGUCCCUGAGCUUCUGACGGUUGUGUUGUUGUCACUUGGGGUAUAUUGGCUUGUUGUGACUCAGAUCGGCUGUUGUUGUGAUUCCUAGCUCUG